AUGCCGUCGCGACAUGCAUCGACUCUCUACUACUUCGCGUCCUAUUUGACAGUGUACUUCCUAUCCACCUACGGCCUCGGCGAUGUUUGGUUGCGAGUAGCGCUCCUUCAUCUCCUUGCCUUCGGCAUGAUUGCGGUGCGCUACACGGAGCAGUACCAUUCGAUUCCGCAGCUCAUCGCCGGCGCCGUUCUGGGCAGCACCUUUGGCACUGCCUGCAAGAUGUGGAGUGCGGGUGUGGCGGCUUUGGGGGCACUGUGGUCGCUUCCUGCGCUGGGCCAGCUCCUCCUCUUGGCCGUCAUCUUGUUCAUCACCUGGUACCAGGUGGCGAUGGCGCGGCAGAAGAACGUGCUGCGGAGCGUGCACAAGGACAUCGUGAUCAUCACCCAGCCUCUGAUCUGCUACUCGCCGCUCAUGUUCAUUCUGCCGCGCUACUGGCUGCGCUGGCUGUUCCCCUACCGCGCCCUCGACAUGCACGAGGCCCUCCACGAGGUCUUCACCAGGACCGGCGCCCGCGCCGUCGGCUUCGCCUCGCCGCUCCACACCGAAGUCUACUUCAACGAUGAAGACAUCAUCCGCGAGUUUACGGUCAAGCAGCACGAGAAGUUCCCCAAGGCCUACAAGGACUACGAGGUGCUUCGGUUCUGGGGCGAGAACAUCGUCACGGCUCCCUCUGAGGGUUAUGAAUGGAAGAAGCACAGGGCGCUCCUCACGCCAGCGUUUUCGUCGAGCAAUUUGCGGCUGGUGGCCAAGGUGACUGUGGACAACACCAACACGCUGUUCGCCAAGUGGGACCAGCAGCGCAAGACCACCCAACUGGGCGAGGUGCUCGAUGUCCACGUCGACGAAGACACCAUGCGCUUGAUGUUGUACGUGAUCGCUGGUGCGGGCUUCGGCCAGGAGUUGGGAUUCGACAAGUCCGACGAGGACUACGACAAGUCCAAGUUCUCCAUCUCCUUCACUGAAGCCAUGUCCGUCGUCUCCAAGUACCUGCUGUUGUGGAUUGCGUUCCGUCCGGUGUUCAAGCUGCCCUUCCCGGCACUGCGGAAGAUCCAGCAGGGCUUUGUCGACUUCGAGGCCCACGUCAAGGACAUGAUCGCCAAUCGGAGCGCCGAACUCACCGCGGCGUCGGCGGCGGAAAAGGAAGAAGAAAAGGAGGCGGAGAAGGAGAGCGAGGCUGAUGCGGAGAUCGAUCCGGCAAGCCAGCGCAGCGAUUUGCUGAGUCUGCUGCUCAAGUCGCGCGCCGAAGACGCACGACACAACCUCACCGACGAGGAGAUCUUCUCCGACUCGUUCAUCUUCCUCCUCGCCGGUAUGCCAACCACGGCCCAUUCGACCGCCUGGGCGUUCGCUCUGCUGGCCACCAACCCCAGCGAACAGGACCGCUGCGUGUUCAAGGAGACCCUCCGCCUCAUGCCCCCCGUGUGGGCGCUCGGCAAGUACUGCACCGAACACACCCGCCUCGUCGACCACCACGUCGCACCCAACAUUCGAACGACGAUGGCGAUCUAUUCGCUGCACCGCAACCCCAAGUACUGGACGGAGCCGGACAAGUUUGUGCCGUCGCGCUUCGACGCCCGCGUCAGCCCGCCGGUGUCGGCCUACUCCUACGUCCCCUUCUCGCUCGGCCGACGCAGCUGCCUCGGCAACCGCUUCGCACUCGUGGAGGCGACGAUGUUCCUGGCCAAGGUGAUGCAAAAGUACACGAUCCACCUGCCGCCGGGCACGGACCUGAAGAAGCUGUUCGACGCGGAAAACGUCAUCACCCUCACGCCCCGCAACGGCAUGCACCUCUGGCUCAAGAAGCGAAACCCAGCACACGCCAGCUAA